GAACCAGACUUGGAUGAGUUGCGUAAGCAUGCACGCCACGCUUACCUGACCUACCAAGAGAAGCUACAGGCCAAAGAGGCCAAAAGAGACAAAGACGCUUUCAAUGCCACAAUGACACUAUUCUCACAGGCCCGGGGACAACGUCAAUUCUUUCCCCGCCGUGGGCGAGGCCGCGGGAGAUCUGGGUUUGACAACAGAGAUGGACGUAGACGUCAAACCUGGUACGGUCAAGAUGUCUGUUAUAUCUGUGGCCGGAGUGGACAUUUUGCUCGUGAAUGCCCGGAGGGGCCACAGUCAGAGGGGCCUGCUGACCGCCGUGAUGAGCGUGGCCGCUUCAACAGGGCACCACGGGAUGACCGAUGCCGAUCUUCAGACUGACUAGGCGGCGCGGAGGCGGGGGAUGGACUUGACUGCACCGGAGAAAUGGCCUUACCACACCCACCACGAGAUGGUAACAUGCACCAGACAACACACACACCUGAGAACACUUCAUUUGGAGCACAGGGGACAAUUGGCAUGUAUGCACAACUAUCACAGAAUCAUGAUAAAUUUCCCGAGUACACUUUAAUUGUUAAUGGUGAUCAAAUUAAAUUUCUAGUGGACUCUGGGGCUACGCAUUCCGUAGUACGAACUUCAGCUCUCUCACAUGUGCCCCGAAUGAGUGGUCGGUAUACUUUUUCUCAAGCAGCAUCUGGUAACACAACAAGAGAACGUUUCACUUCUCCUUUGCAUUGUUCUGACUCUGAGGGCAAUUCAUUUAGGCACUCCUUUCUCUAUUCUCCACUAUGUCCUGUGAAUCUACUUGGACGCGAUUUGAUGUGCAAAUUGAGCCUUUGUCUAGUUUCCACACCAAACGGUCUGCAAGUGGUGACCACAAAAGAUUUGGCUGUGACUCAAUCAAAUUUCAUAGGGCUUCACACGGAAAGUCAAACUUUCCCAGUUAUGAUUUUCACUGGAAAUUGUCCCCAAAUCCCUCAAAUGACUUACUUGAUUUGGCAAUUGACAGAGUAUGCCCAACAGAGAGCACAGAGUUGAGGGACGUGGAAGACGUGCAGUGUUCUGUUGAUGUGCCUGUGACAGCAUUUCAGGAUUUUGAAAAACUUUGGGUUGAGAGUAGUGGGGAUGUGUUAGUUACUGAAUGGUUGUACUGGUCAAAUCAGUACUCUGCUAUUUCUGUGUCUAACCCACAGUCUCUGCAGGCUCCUGUUCUAUUUUUAGAUGCUCACCCCUACAUAGCGUUAUCUAAACCAAAAGAAGUUGAGUGGACUGGGGUGGGGUUGUUUGUUGAGCAAUGCUUGGCUGCCAACGAUUGGGCACAGACCAGUGACGACACUGUUACAUUCUCGCACUCUGCUCAGGCCUGGAGAAUGGGCUAUCCCUCCUCCCUCCAGGCAUCCCGGUGUGUUUGUGUGUUCCCUGAUAACAGUGCUGAGACAGGCUGUUUUUUGUCCCAGGCUGAAGCAGAAGCUAUACCAGAAUUGAGGGGUAUUCCAGCUGAUCUCUGGGCGAAAGGCCCCACAGAUGUAGGCCUCAUACGCAGUUGUCAGCCAGUGGUAAUCACGCCUCGAUCUAACGUGCGUCCCUGUAGGCCACAAUACCCCCUUCGCCCUGAGGCUAGGGCAGGUAUAGCUCCUGUGUUCAAUGACUUGUGCAAAGCAGGUGUUAUUGUCCCAAGUGAAUCUGGGGGCGUUCGAAGCCCAAUUUUUCCAGUCAAAAAGCAAUGUGAGCCUGGUGAACCUCAAAAAUGGCGAUUCACAGUAGAUUUGAAAGCUGUGAAUGAAGCAGUUGAGCCAGUUGCUGCGGUGGUUCCAAACCCAUACACAAUUCUAUCACAGAUUCCACCUGAAGCAAAGUUUUUUUCUGUGGUUGAUUUGGCAAAUGCUUUUUUCUCAGUCCCAGUGCACGAGGACUCUCAAUUUUGGUUCUCUUUUGAAUAUGAUGGCAAUCUGUACAAAUUUACUAGGAUGUGUCAAGGUUUCAUUCAUGCUCCCACGUGGUAUAAUGCAGCGCUGCGUGAUUCAUUGACUCCACUCGAGUUGACCCAAGGCACAUGUCUAUUGCAAUAUGUCGAUGACAUUCUUUUGUGUGCUCCUACUGAGGAACAGUGUAAACGUGACACAGUGUCACUGCUGAAACAUUUGCAUGCCGAUGGCCAUAAGGCUAGCCUUUCCAAAUUGCAAUUUGUGAAAAAGGAAGUCCCUUUUCUGGGUCAUGUGAUUUCUGAAAGAGGCAAAACUAUUCCUAUCAAACGGGCUGCAGCCAUUCAAAACAUUCCAAAGCCUCAGACCAAAAAACAGCUCAUGUCAUUUUUAAGUAUUUGUUCUUACUGUCGACAGUUCAUUCCUAAUUAUUCAGUGCUAGAGGCUCCUCUGAGGGCGCUCAUUCAUGGUAAGACUCUGCGCACGUGUGACAAAAUUACCUGGACUGAGGAAGCAGAAAAAUCUUUCUGUGACUUGAAACUAGCCUUGCAGACACCUCCAACUCUGGGUCUGCCUGACCCAGCUCGACCUUUCACUCAGACAGUGGAUGAACGUGAUGGAUGCAUGGUUUCUGUUCUCCUUCAGAAACAUGGGGGUACCCUUCGUCCUGUUGCUUACUUUUCUGCUAAGCUUGACCCUGUUGCUGCUGGUCUGCCCCGGUGUUUACGUGCUGUUGCCGCAGCUGAGAAGGCUGUUUUAGCAUCACGUGACCUCGUGGGUUACUCUGAUCUCACUUUGUUGGUACCACAUGCUGUUUCUCUGAUCUUGCUUGAACAGAAAACCUCUCACUUGUCCACUGCUCGCUGGUUGAGGUACAAUACCAUUCUUUUGGAGUUGCCAAAUGUCAAAGUUAAAAGGUGUGCUCAACUGAACCCUGCAACUCUGCUGCCCAUUGAAGGGGAUGGCGAGCCACACUGCUGUGUGGCAGAGAUAGAUUUGGUAUGUGCUUCUCGCUUUGAUUUGCAGGAAGAGCCUUUAACUAACCCUGAUUUGAUUUUGUAUGUAGAUGGAUCUGCAUCCCGUGACACGAACACCGGCAGAAAUAGGGUGGGAUUUGCUGUGUGUUCUGACCAUGACACAGUGGUUUCAGGCCCCCUGCCCUCACACUAUUCUGCACAGACUGCAGAAUUGGUGGCACUAACUAAAGCUUGUGAAUUUGCAGCCGGACAAUCUGUGACCAUCUACACUGACUCACGGUAUGCUUUUGGCGUGUGUCAUGAUUGGGCGGGUCUGUGGAGACACCGCAAAUUUUUGAAAUCUGAUGGUAAACCUAUUUUGAAUGCUUCCCAGGUUGCUGACCUCUUGGAGGCAAUUCUGUUGCCUUCGGAGGUGGCUAUCUGCAGAUGUCACGCUCACACUAACUCCAAUGACCCCGUCUCUUUAGGUAACAGGCGAGCGGAUGCAGCUGCGAAGGCUGCGUCCUAUCAGUCUGAGGCAAUACACUCUCUGUGUCUUGGCUCUUCACCCACUAAUGUUGACAUUCCUUCAUCUUUAUCAGCUAUGCAGAGUUUCACAACACCAUCUGAAAUCGCCCUGUGGACUAAACAUGGGGCUGUGAGGCGACAGGGCAUUUGGCUUGGCCCUGACAACAAGCCUUGCCUCCUCAAACACUUUUUCAGGCACAUGGCAGUGCUGUCUCAUGGUCGUGACCACGCCUCAAAGGGGGCAAUGGUUGAUCUGGUCACACAAAACUGGUUCACAAAGGGCUUCUGUGCUUAUGCGCAGAAGUUUUGUCAGUCGUGUGCUAUUUGUUUGGCACACAAUCCAGGUAGGACUAAACCAAUCCCGCAAGCAGCGCACCCACCACCAAAUCGACCGUUUGGACACAUCCAAAUGGAUUUCAUUGAACUCACUCCAUGUGAAGGUUAAAGCUGCCCUGCCAACGGCAGCUGAUGCUGUACUGCACAAUAUCCGAGUGGGAGAUUCUGUUCUGGUCAAGGAAACCAGACGCAAACACUGGCACUCGCAACGCUGGGUGGGACCUUACGUGGUUCUCCUCAUCACCGACACGGCAGUGAAAGUUGCAGAGCGGGGCACCUGGAUUCACGCUUCACAUUGUCGGGUUGUCCCUUCUCCACUCGAGGAACCAUCGUGUGACCCUGGCGAGGGCUGCACCACCGCUCCCGAGCAACAAGGGGUAGACUCAAACGCUGCCCCCACCACCGAGACCGGACCAGACCCUUUGGCGGGUCCCAGCGGACGCAAGCCACGAGGGAGACCUCCUGGUUCACGGACACAACUCCGCAUUCCUGAACCUACUGACCGUGUGCUGAGGCCUCGUGGUAAUCGGAACUGACUCAUUGAUCUCCCAUCGUACAUCCAUGGGUAUUGUUUUGCUUUGAUAUGGCUCCUGAGCCUGAUGCUGAUACUCCCUCUCUCAGGGGUAGGGGUCUUGAAGGUUAAAUGUUUGACAUGUUCUCAUCAAUCUGGCCAUAAUUGUAGGUAUGAUCUUGAUCUUGUGCUCCUGUGUGGUCCCCUGUCUGUUAAAAGCUAUGCGUCAAAUAGUGAGUUCCCAUUUUGUCCAAAAUCAAUACGACAUUGAGGCUGUUGUGUAUCCACCUGAUCCCGAUUAUGUUUCUGAUUCUGACGAUGACUCAUUUAUUACAGAACUUAUGCUCCAGAUGAGCAGAAUUCAACCUCAGUGAGUUCCAUUUCAUGUUCUGGGUGGCGGCUGACGGCGCGGACGCGUCCAGCAACGGCUUGGGCAUGGAGUGGGCUGCUGAGCACUUUGAUUAGAAAAAAAUAAAAUAAAAUGAGAAACGAGAGAAAAAAAAACAGAAAACUUUAAUGAUGCAUGUAAUUUAAAUCGAUACUACCAAUCAGGUUGUAUUUUAUUUUCCCUUCUAUGUGUUCCUUAAUCAGUAUGAAUACAGCAGUUAUGUUAUUCCUGUGAUUUUAUUUUGAUCAGGUGUUCUUUCUUUGAAGGUUUUAUUCAGGGAUGAUUUUGGGUACAUGUUUUCAUAUUUCUCCAUGUGUGAUUUUGAAAUAAAGAUUUAAGUUGAGUUGAUUAAAAUAAAUGGGAUUUAUUGUAAUCAAAAGGGGGGAAUUGUUAUGGCAUUCUUUAGCAUAAAUCUUUAUUUGUAUUAUUAUGGAUCAUUUUGACCUAACCUUCAUAAUACUAUCUGUUAUGUUGUUAUGUUCUUUUGUGUCUGGCGUCAAAGCCACUUCGAUUAGACCAAACUGGCAAGAUUGUUUUGGUGGUAUAAAUACUCUGUAUUAUUUACAUUUGUCAGCUGAGGGUGAGACGACACCGUUAGGGACACAGCUCUUUGACAAUUGUGCACAAUUGAUUCAAUAAAUCAGACCUUUGAUUCAAGA